AUGUUGAAGGAUGGUAGCCUCAAUGCUGGGGAGAGAUGUUCGAAAGAGAACCUCGUUAUUGGUAAUGUGGUCCUCCGAACCGAUGCGAAGGAUUUUUCGGUGCUUCGUUUGUUGGAACCGCUCCAGAUGUUUGAUGACCCGAGUAUAGUCCAGAUUUUUUAUCUAUCUAUCUAUCUAUCUAUCUAUUUCAUCUCUCUCUUUCUCUCUCUCUCUCUCUCUCACUCUAUCUAUCUAUCUAUCUAUCUAUCUAUCUAUCUAUCUCUCCCCGCCGUGUCUCUGUCAGUUCGACGUCGUGAGCAAUAUCUGCUACGCUGUCUCUCUCCGCGGUGUCUUCAUGUACUCGGCGUUCUGUUUUUAUGGACCCAUGCACAAGAACUGGGGUGGUGCAUGAUGUACUCUGGGUAUGCCAGUGUUCUCCAAACAACCAAUCAAGGCUCUCCCUGCAAACGUCCAAAUAUUGAGGAGCCCAUCCAACCUUGGAAUUCUACCUGUGCCUUCUUCUUGCUUUGUAUGAGUGCCUCUCACCAGGACUACCCGAGGAAUGUGGAAAGUCUUCCGCUCUCCCUGAAAUUCCACCUGGGCCUUCUCUUCAUUGGUCACCUUAUCAAAACCGUCCACCAAAGGCUAGGCCUGCUCUAG